AGCACACAGGUAGCACAGGAGGUAACACACAGGUAGCACAGGAGGUAGCACACAGGUAGCACAGGAGGUAGCACACACACGCACAUAGCUGUAAUGAGUCUCCGCUGGGCUGGUUUCCUCCUGAUGUUUUCUCUGCCGCUUACUGCACAAAACCCUGAGACCAGCAAAGAACGGGUGGUGGUUGCUUCCCGUGAUGGCGAGGUGGACCUCUGCCAGUACGCCCCGCCAAGCAAUUCCAGGUUUAACCUAACGCUAGAGAAAGGCACAGAUGGCGAUGUGGUGUGUGUGGUGUACACGUCAGGGUCACAAAUCAAAUUCUACACCUGGGAAGACAAAGCCAGAUGUCGCUAUGAGGAGCUCAACGGCACCUUCUCCAUCACCCUCACCCAGCUGGACACCAGACACACAGACACCUACAUCUGUCACAUCCAGACGUUCACUACACCGCCUUUCCGCAAAUCCAUGGUGAAUAAAGUCUACGUGUACGUCCACGAUUUUAAGGCCCCAACCUGUGACGUAAAGUCAGAUUUGGUGACACAGAUUUUACUUGGAGUUGGCGUCUUCCUAUCGCUGUGUGCCAUUGUCGUGUUGUAUCGCUGCAUCCAAAGGAAGCGCUGCAGAGAAUGCGAAGCUCGAAAGCUGGAACUGAAUAUGGAGCAAAACAGCGAAUAUAUGCACAUGGCGGCCGUCCCUCUGGCCAGGGGCCCAGCGCAGUGACGCACGAUCAGGAGGUACUCUUCUCUUUGGGCGUGGUGUUCUCCUUGUGCCUCAGGUGUGCAGGAAACAGAAGCUGCGGCUAGAUCUCCACCGUGACCACAACGGCGGCUGCGCUCGUCUUCAUGUGAACACAGCUGACUCAUUCCUUUGCUACGUACGAGAAGAAUGACAGAACCUUCGCCGCUUCUAGGAAAACCACAUCCCGGCGCUGAGAAAAGUCACCUCACACCGUGGAGGCCUCACGUUUCUGUCACCCCCUGAGAAACAGAAAUACUGACUGCUUAGUAGGCUGUACCUCAUGCCUCACACAGGGUGCAGCGAAUAUCCGUGGCAGGCUGCAAUCUAUUCAAUAUAACUACAGAUGUGUCCACAUACAUCUUUGCUACAUCCCGCCAUGUAUGGCACGGUUUGCACGCCGUAGACGCAGAGAUUUAGCCGUGUCUUGUGAUUUGUCUUAAUUUGCUUCUUUAAUAUGUUACUUUAUACAAAUUCUUCUAUUAUGGCAAACAAAAAAAUGUAAAAUCCAUCCGCUCGCUACUCGUGAAAAACAGCUUAGCCGUGUUCUGCAUGUUGCGCCAAAUUGGGUAAAAUAGCAAAGAUGUAAGUGGACGCAUCUAUACUGUUUCCCUACAGACGGAGCAACGUGCUGAUGAUGCCGCUGUUACUCUGAGACAACAGAAUAUUAGGAAAAUAAAGUCACCGUAAUAACUGACCCGAGGACGAGCUGUUACUGUAGCGCACUCUGCUGUACUUACAGAGGUGGAAGG